CCAUAAUAAAGGACGUCAUGACAGCCGUAAAAGAUAAGAUUAAGUCAUAUCAGAAAGAUCUAGAGACCGAAAGGAGAAAGUUGUUUGAAGACCUCAACAAUUCCGUGGCCGAAAGAAUAUGGCGGAGAACUAAAAGAGAAAUGCAAAGCUAUGAUAGCGAACUUGUUCAGAAAGAAGCACAUAAGCUAAGCAAAGCUAUAUCGAUUAACCACAGAGAGACAGAAACACCAAGAUUGAAACAAAAGGGACGAAAUAGACGUUUUCGGCGCAGUAUGAGAACAAACAGACCGAAGAGAACUGAAGCAAUCGAACAAUCCGCUCAAGCCCUGACUUUACCCGAGUUGCCGACAUUAGAAGCAAUAAACUUAACAGCGACUAUUUUAACUGAGAGCGAGAAAGACAUCUUAGCUAAAGGUCCGUCCUUCUGCUCAAUGCCAAAGGAUAUAAACUGGAUGCAGUUACAUGAUGAUCUCGAACGAUUUGAACGAAGAAUAAGGUUGGCAGUAUAUUACCAUCAGAAGAACAACCCUGAGAAUGAAUCCAACAAAAGCGAAAACCUAAUAUUCCCUUUGGUACCAUCUACUAAGAAAUGGACUCCACCCAAAUCGAACAAUCCAGAAAUCGAAUUAUUCCUGACCAACGUUAGAAAAGAAGUCCUGAACCCUGGGAAUAUUAGAAAAGCGAGAGACAAUUUAACUAAAGAAGAAAGGGUAGCUAUUAAAAAUUUAAAAUGCAACUCUAACAAUAUCAUUAGGAUUCAAGAUAAGGGUUCUAGGUUUGUGCUAAUUGAUAAAGAAGAGUAUAAUGGGAAAAUGUUAGAGCAAUUAAGUAAUCCACUCCACUAUUUAAGUACUUCAGAUAAUCGUACCAAAUUACAUUUAGAUAGAGUUAAAGAGUGGAGUGAUAAAUGGCUAGUUCAGCAGCAAAUUACAGAUAAGAUAGCUAACUGGGUUGUUAAUUUGGAACCCAAAGCUGGA